AUGGCACCACCACCUUCACUUUCGUCCUCCUCCUCCUCCUCCUCCUCCUUCUCUGGGACCAUUUUGUUUUUAUUGUUGAUUUCGGUCUCGACAAUCGUCCUUCGCGCGAUUUAUCGAUUGACGUUCCAUCCACUCGCUCGGUUCCCUGGUCCCAAACUCGCGGCCGUCACGAACUUGUACGCCGUGAGUUACGACUUGUCCUCGGAGGAUUGCCUCGUGAAGCAUUUGAAACAUCUCCACGAUCGAUAUGGUGCGUUUGCCCUCUUGUUUCGACCCAUCGUUCGAGUACGACCUAAUGAAUUGCAUGUUUUUGAUUGGGAUGCUUAUCGAACUGUAUUCAAACCAAAUUCGGAUUUCCAUCGACCUCGAGAGUUCUACAAUGCUCCACAAUGCGAAGGUUCGUUCCUGAACGUCUCCGACGGUCGUGUCGCAAAGCCCCAUCGGGAUUUGUUCGUCCAGGCCUUUUCCAGACGUGCCAUCAAACGUCUGGAGCCUUUGAUAAACAAAAAACUUGACCGGUUUCUGGAACGACUGGACGAGUUCGCGACUCGAGGGACAGCCGUCGAUCUGGACGUGGCGUUUGCUUGCUUCACCGGCGACGUGACGAUGGAUUACUGUUACCAGAUGAACCUGGGUUUGUUGGACGCCCCCCUCCUCAGACCCAGCAUGAUGGUCUACCUGGACGAGUUCGCCCCCAUCGUGCCGUUCUUCUGGUACUUUCCGGGCGUCGGCAACUUGCUGAACAAGCUCGUGUUCGGCGACGUCCUGCCGACCCAAAAGGUCAAGGCGUGGUUCCCCGCGGCCGCGGCCAUGAAGGACAUGAUGAGGCGGUGUGAAGAGCUCGUGACGUCCCUGGCUCAGGCGCCGAGCGGGUCGAAGGAGGUGACGUCCUCGAUGUUCGCUGACGCCCUCGACCCAAAGGGUGGUCGGUACGUCGUCAGUCGCAAGGAGUUGGCCGCCGAUGCCGUCUUGAUGUUUCUCGCGGGUACCGACACGACCGCCCACGCGUUGACUUUUGGGUUUUGGGAAAUGAUCAAGAGACCGGGGAUUCUGGAGAGACUUCGUCAGGAGUUGGGAGAGGCCAAACUCCAACUGGGAGGCUCAGAAGCGGUCACGACACUUGCUGAUCUGGAGAGUCUGCCGUACUUGAGAGCCGUGGUCAAAGAAUCUCUACGUGUCUCGAUGGGCACUUCUGCUCGACUCCCUCGACUGGUACCUCCUCAGGGAGCUGUCUUGUGUGGCGAGGUCAUUGCACCUGGAACUCGAGUUUCUUUCUCCCAUUACGUGUACAACAACGACCCUGCAAUAUUCCACGAUCCGUAUACCUUCAAGCCCGAGAGGUGGCUGGGAGACGACGUGAACGAGUUGGAAAGCCACAUGAUUAGCUUUUCUCGUGGGAGCAGGAACUGUAUUGGUCAAAAUCUCGCUCUGGCGGAACUUCAUCAAGCAAUCGCACACCUGGUCGAACGAUUUGAUUUUGUCAAUUCCGGAACGACCGAUCACGACAUGGACUGGCAGGACAAGUUCACACCGAGAUGUAUGGGACGGUUGAAGGUGAAAUUGAAGGUGGUCGAUCAUUGA